AGGGCCCCCCAUUCCACACUCGCACGUCGCGCUCAAGUUUUCGCGCCGUCCUGUUUAUUUCCACCUCUCUCCCUAGGUGUUGGAUUUCCAGUCCUCAAAUCCUCCUGUGGCCCACCAGCUUCCUUACGCCCCGCCCCGCCCACGGUCCCCCCUGCUAGCUCCGCAGGAACCUGACGGUUUGUGCGCAUGCACGCGCUUUUCCUCGGAAUAGGGGGAGAUCAGCAGAGAGAGAUUUGGAGACUCAGAGAAUCAAGGGGAAGGACGGACACAGAGAAAAAGAUGGAGAAAGAGGCAGAGAGAUAAAGAGACACGGGGAGAGACUGAGAUGAACACCGACAAGCAUCCAGAAAGAAACAAGCGUGGAGACACCCCGCCAGGGCCAGGGAAGCAAGCCCACAGAGACCUCCGAGCUGGCUCACUCUCUCGUGGGGACAAGGAGGUCGUCAGCACUCACAGAGGGACUUAAGGCAGGACCAGCCAUGCAGACGCUGAUCGCAACACUGGUUCUGAUUGUGGCAGCCCAGGCAGAGCUGAGGGACAAGGUACAGCAUGGCGGACCCUGCGAGCAGAUGUCUCACCCUUACCAAGCUGCCCUGUACAACUCAGGCCACUUGCUCUGUGGAGGGGUCCUCAUUCACCCACUGUGGGUCCUCACAGCUGCCCACUGCAAAAAACCGAAUCUUCAGGUCUACCUGGGGAAGCAUAACAUUUAUGAAACAGAACACUUCCAGGAGCAGAGCUCUGUUGUCCGAACUGUGGUCCACCCUGGCUACAAUGCUGGCACUCAUGACCAGGACAUCAUGCUGUUACGCCUGAAGCGCCCAGCCAAUCUCUCUGCACACAUCCAGCCCCUAGCCCUGGAGAGAGACUGCUCGGCCAACCACACCAGAUGCCACAUCCUAGGCUGGGGCAAGACAGAAUAUGGUAAUUUCCCUAACACCAUCCAAUGUGCAUACAUCCACCUGGUACCUCAAGAGGAGUGUGAGCGUGCCUACCCUGGCCAGAUCACCCGAAACAUGGUGUGUGCAGGAGAUGAGAAGUACGGGAAGGAUUCCUGCCAGGGUGAUUCUGGGGGUCCGCUGGUGUGUGGAGACCGUCUCCGAGGCCUUAUAUCAUGGGGUAAUGUCCCCUGCGGAUCCAAGGAGAAGCCGGGGGUCUACACCAAUGUCUGUAGAUAUUGCCAGUGGAUCCGAAAAGUCAUUCAGGGCAGCUAGCUCUGACAUGUGACAUCCAACCCUUGACUUUGAUCCCCACUCGUUGGCUCUAAAAUAUCUCUGACCAAGACCUUGCUUUCCCCUCACCUUCCCAGGUCCAACCCUUCAUGCUUAAUCCUGUGCCUGACUUGACCCCAGCCCCAUCCUUGCAUCCCUGGUGGUAAGCAGGGACACAGGCUGAGGUCUUGCCCCCACCACUAACAGAAGACAGAAAAACCCCUUCUAAGCAGCCGGCUCUCCCUGAUUAGCCCAUGGGCUUGGUAUCCCCCUACAGAGGAAUGGUCACAAGUCUGGAAAAACCUGAGUUGAAAUCCCAGCUCUGCCCCUUGCUACUCAUGUACCCUUGGGAAGUGCCCUCCUUCACUGUACAGAAUCUCAUCUGCAAAAUGGGGCUAAUAACAGUAAACUCCUCAUAAAUCAGUGGCUGCCAUUGGGAGGAUUCAAGGUCUCCAAUACGUUGAAAUAUGUGCACUGGUGUCUGGCACACCUGCUUGCUCAAUAAAGAGGGAAUUUCACUGUU